AUGGUGCCCUCAGGGGCAUCGACGGGAGCUUACGAGGCUCAUGAACUACGUGAUGGAGAUAAGAAGAUGUUCAACGGGAAAGGAGUUUUAAAGGCGAUCAACAAUGUGAACAAUCAGAUUGCGGUCGCAGUCAUUGGCAUGGAUCCUACGGACCAAGAAGGUAUUGAUCAAGCCCUCAACGAUCUUGAUGGACAACCUGACAAGUCCCGUCUUGGUGCGAACGCCAUUUUAGGUGUCUCCAUGGCGGUCACCAGGGCAGGUGCUGCGAAGAAGGGGAUCCCAUUGUACAAGCAUAUCAAUAACCUUGCAGGAAAUCCUCCACCGAUGUUACCAGUCCCUUGUUUCAAUGUUCUCAACGGCGGUUCGCAUGCCGGCAAUGAUCUUGCAAUGCAGGAGUUCAUGGUGCUUCCCACUGGUGCGGAAACUUUCAAGGAAGCCAUGCAAAUUGGGGUCGAGAUAUACCACAAGCUCAAGACUGUCAUACAAAAGAAAUAUGGAAAGUCUUCGACGGCUGUGGGAGAUGAGGGAGGAUUCGCCCCUAACAUUAAAGACAGCGAGGAGGCUUUGGAGUUGAUUCAAACGGCUGUCAGUGAAGCUGGGUACAAGGACGUGGUACAGAUCGGCAUGGAUGUCGCGGCAAGCGAGUUCUACCACAAAGAUACAGGCAAAUACAAUCUCAACUUUAAAGGCUCACCGAGAGCAGCUAACUUCAAAACAGCGGAUGAACUUCUGCGAAUGUACAAGCUCUUUGCAGCGAACUAUGGAGUCAUCUCCAUUGAAGAUCCAUUUGACCAAGACGACUUUAAGUCAUAUGAAAAGAUGACUGGGGAACUAAAUGAGUUAAUUCAGAUCGUUGGAGACGAUCUACUCGUCACAAAUCCUGAAAGAAUAGAAAGGGCUAUCGAGACGAGUGCCUGUAAUGGCUUGCUGCUUAAAGUGAAUCAAAUUGGAACAGUGACAGAAGCUAUUGAGGCCAACAAUCUCUCACGAAAUGCGGGCUUCGGCGUGAUGGUGAGCCACAGGUCUGGAGAGACGGAAGAUGCUUUCAUAGCAGCGCUCUGCGCAGGACUCGGCACCGGCCAAAUUAAAGCGGGGGCACCUUGUCGAUCCGAGCGGCUUGCCAAGUACAACGAACUAUUGCGAAUUGAAGAAGAGAUGGGAGAUCAAGCUGUUUUCGCGGGUGAAUAUUGGAGAGACCCGUGGAUGCUGCAGGACUCCUCUAAAGGAACUUCGAAUUGGUAG